AACACACUGUCUUGCCCCCAAUCCGUACCUCGCGGAAGGAGCCUCUCCGAGCUAUCGCUUUAUCUGAAGAGUGACACAGAACCAAGGGACUACCACUCCGAUAAUUAUCGAACUCACGAUAAUUAUCGAACUCACAAUAAAUAUCGAACUCACAAUAAUUAUCGAACUCACGAUAAUCAUCAAACUCACAAUAAUCAUCAAACUCACAAUAAUCAUCAAACUCACGAUAAUUACAUAAACAAAAAAAAUUACCACUAUCGCAGAGCGAACAAUUAUAACAGUGCAAAUAAUACAUACGAGCGGGAAAUUACAUCCGACAACAAUGUGCAUAAAAGAGGAGCAGGGCACGAGUUAACCCCCGUGAAUAAUAACAGUGUUUGCACCAAAUGCAAAUUAAAUCGCAUGUAUGGUGCAGAUAUUUAUAAAAAUGCAAACCAAAUGAAACCCCAAGACGGAAAUCGUUUUACAGACUGUCCAGAAAAUAAACACCUUUUAGAUAAAUUCAGCAUAAAUGGUAUACUCCCAUUUGGAUGUACUUACAGGGAUUUUUCUCAAGUCUUGUCUAACAAUGAAGUUUUAAAAAAAACAACUUACAUAGCAUUGGAUAUAAGUAUACGUAAAGCCUUCAUCGGUUACUAUUACUUUAUUGUUUACCUAAAUAGAUGCUACUAUAGAAUGAUGAAUAAAUUGAGCACAUGGUUCAUAGAUCUAGCAAAUUCUCGCAAUAUACCUAACGACGUUCGAGCAGAGUAUUGGGAGGGAUGUAGAAAGAAACUCAUAAAGGAUUUGGAGAUAAUGGAAGGAAUAUCUAAAUAUUAUUUCGAUAGAUAUAUUGCAGUGGCCCCUAGAGUAUGGACUAUAUUUUAUGAGUUGUUCUUGGCGCGCUGUAGAAAAGUGUGGAAAAAGGUUAUAUUGAAUAACAGGGUAGAGUGGAGCCGCAGAAUGUCCGCGUGGACUGUGAAAUAUAGUCAUGAAAUGAAGCUUGGGGAAAAGAAACGCAGAAGGUCGGAGAGCAGAGCCGACCGUGGUAACUGCACCCACGGAGAUAGCACCCACGCAGGUAGCACCCACGCAGACAGCACCCACGCAGACAGCAACAGUUCCCACGCAGACAGCAACAGUUCCCACGCAGACAGCAACAGCACCCACGCAGACAGCAACAGCACCCACGCAGACAGCAACAGCACCCACGCAGACAGCGACGACAUUGGUGAUCUGAUUUCUUGGUAA